AAAAAAAAUGAUAAAUAAUUUAAUAGCAGUAGGGUUAAUUGUUGUAAGUGGAUUAUUAGCUUUCAACUGGAAGAGAAAACAUCCAUAUCAACAAUCAAUUGAAGUUGGUGAAUCUUAUCCCGAUGGUGGUAAAGCAAGAAGAGCAGCUACAAAUCCUCAUUUAGUUACUCAUAUGGAGGAUGAAGAAAUUUAUACACUUUAUGAUUCAUUAAUUAAAUCUGUAAAGAAAUAUGGUGAUAGAAAUUGUUUUGCAGAAAGAAAGAAAUUAUCAAAUGGUCAAUUUGGUGAUUUUGAAUGGGUCACAUAUAAUCAGUUCUUUGAAAAAUGUCAAUAUUUAGAACAAGGUUUAUGCGAAAUAGGAGUCAAGGCAAAAAGUAAAAUUGGUAUUUUUAGUAAAAAUAGACUAGAAUGGUUAGUUGUUCAUGCAGCAAGUUUUCUUCAAUCAAAUAUUAUUGUUUCAUUUUAUGAAACAUUAGGUGUUGAAAGUUUAGCAUUUGUUUCAGAACAUGCCGAAAUUGGUAUUGCUUUUUGUUCAGUCGAAACUCUAAAGAAAACUUUUGAUAUUGCAAAAAGUGUUAAAGUUUUAAAAACUGUUGUAUGUUUUGACCCAGUCGAUGAUGAACAUAAAGAAAUAGCAAAAUCAAAUAAUAUUACAUUAUAUACAUUUGAUGAAAUUCUUGAAAAGGGUAAAAAUUCAAAUAAUAAACAUGAACAUGUACCACCAACCCAAGAUUCAUUAUCAACAAUCAUGUAUACAUCAGGAACAACUGGUGAUCCAAAAGGGGUUAUGAUCACUCAUAAAAAUUUAACUUCAGUAGUUUGCUCAGUAAAUAAUUUCGUAAAGAUUUAUGAUACCGAUACACAUUAUUCAUAUUUACCAUAUGCCCAUAUUUUAGAAAGAGUAAUCGUAUUGACAGCUUUUCACUAUGGUGGUGGUGUUGGUAUCUUCUCUGGUGAUGUUUCAAACAUUCUUACAGAGGUUAAAUCACUUCGUCCAACUCUUUUUAUUGGUGUACCAAGAGUUUUCGAAAGAAUCAAAGCAAAUGUACUCAGAGAAAUCGGAAAAAAAUCCAUUAUUGUUAAAACUCUUUUCAAAGGUGCUUAUAACUUAAAAUAUCUUUCAAUUCAACAUGGUUUUAAAUUACCACUCAUCGAAGCCGCACUCAACAAAACAAUUUUUUCAAAAAUCAAAAAUCAAUUAGGUGGCCGUGUUCGUGUAAUUUUAAGUGGUAGUGCUCCAUUAUCAUUAGAUACUGAGCUUUUCUUAAGAGUUGUUAUGUGUUGCUGUGUUUUACAAGGUUAUGGUGCUUCAGAAAGUACUGGUGCUACAGCCGUUAAACGUUUGGAUGAUGAAUCCUUUGGUACUGUUGGCCCACCAUUUGAGUGCUGUGAAAUUAGAUUGGUAGAUGUUGACGAGUUAAAUUAUUCAAGUAAAGGUAAAGUCCAAACUGGUGAAGUUUGUUUAAGAGGCCCAAGUAUUUCAAUUGGUUAUUAUAAAGAUAACGAAAAAACCAAAGCUGAUUUUAUUGAUGGUUGGUUCCAUACAGGUGAUAUUGGUAGAUGGAAUGAGGAUGGUUCAUUAUCAAUUAUUGAUCGUAAAAAGAAUAUUUUUAAACUUUCACAAGGUGAAUAUGUUGCAGUCGAAAAGAUUGAAUCAGUUAUUUGUAAGAGUGAGUAUGUUGCUCAAGUUUGUGUUUAUGGUGAUUCACAAAAAUCUUGUUUAAUUGCUAUCGUUCACCCACACCCAGAAUCAUGCGAAGAAUGGGCCAAGUCAAAUAAAUCAAGCACUGGGGCUAAACAAGUUUGUGAAAAUAAAGAAUUUACUAAAGCCAUUUUAGAUGAUAUCACCAAAACAUGUAAAAAGGCUGGUCUUUUUGGUUUCGAAAUUCCAAAAGCAAUUCAUCUCACCUCUGAAGCUUUUUCAACUGAUAAUAAUUUAUUAACCCCAUCGUUCAAAGUUAAAAGACCAGAGGUUAAAAAAUUCUUCCAAAAAGAAAUCAAUGAAAUCUAUUCAAAACUUGAUUAAAAUUAAUAAAUGAUUGUUUUAACGAAAAAUUAAAUUAUUUUUUUUAUUUACUAUAUAUAUUUUUUAAAGU